CAACCAGGCUUCACUGGCAUGGGUUUAAAAACCUCGAGCUCUUUCUUGUCACUUCAGAUUGCGUUUCCUGAGUGGCUUCACCAUGAAGGGGCUGUUGGUUCUGAGUGCUGUGUUCCUGGCUGUCUUUGGCAAGGAGGACUUUUCGGGGCACCAAGUGCUCCGAAUCUUAGCAGCCAAUGAAGCUCAGGUAGAGAAGGUGAGGGAGCUGGAGAAGCUGGAACAUCUGCAGCUGGACUUUUGGCGUGGUCCCUCCCGCCUCUUCCUCCCCAUUGAUGUCCGUGUGCCUUUCUCCAGUCUCCAGUCUGUCAAAGUGUUCCUGGAGGCCAAUGGCGUCAAGUAUUCUAUCAUGAUUGAGGAUGUGCAGCUGCUGCUGGACGAGGAAGAGAAAGAGAUGUUUGCCUUCCGGUCGAGGGCACGCUCCACAGACACCUUCAAUUACGCCGCUUACCACACCCUGGCAGAGAUCAACGAAUUUAUUGAUCUGCUGGUGGCUGAGAACCCAAACCUUGUCAGUAAGAUUCAAAUUGGCAACAGCUACGAGGGCCGCCCCCUCAAUGUUCUGAAGUUCAGUACUGGGGGAAGCAAUCGCCCUGCCAUCUGGAUCGACACUGGCAUCCAUUCCCGGGAAUGGGUUACCCAGGCCAGUGGAGUUUGGUUUGCUAAGAAGAUCACUGAUGACUAUGGCCAAGAUGAGAAGCUCACUGCCAUCCUGGAUUCUCUGGACAUCUUCCUAGAGAUUGUCACCAACCCUGAUGGUUUUGCCUUUACCCACUCCUCGAACCGAUUGUGGCGUAAGACCAGGUCCAUUAGUGCUGGAUCCAGCUGUGUUGGUGUGGACCCCAACAGGAACUGGGAUGCUGGCUUUGGACUGUCUGGAGCCAGCAGCAACCCCUGUUCAGAGACUUACCACGGCAAGUUUGCCAACUCAGAGGUGGAGGUCAAGUCCAUCGUAGACUUUGUGAAUAGCCAUGGGAACAUCAAGGCUUUCAUUUCCAUCCAUAGCUACUCUCAACUCCUCCUCUAUCCUUAUGGAUACACCACUACCCAGGCUGCCCAUCAGCCCGAGCUGGAUGCCCUGGCCAAGGCUGCUGUGAACAACCUGUCUUCUCUGUAUGGGACCAAAUACAAGUAUGGCAGCAUCAUCACCACUAUCUACCAAGCCAGCGGUGGCACCGUUGACUGGACCUACAACUCUGGCAUCAAGUACUCUUACACCUUUGAGCUCCGGGACACUGGAUUCUAUGGUUUCCUGCUGCCUGCCAGACAGAUAAUCCCUACAGCCCAGGAGACCUGGCUGGGCCUUAUAACCAUUAUGGAUUAUACCCUGAAACACCCCUAUUGAGUUAGCCUUGACUCCUGAUCUGGGCUCAAGACCUCCUCCAUUGUGGAACCUAUGACCAGGGCCAAAUAAAGUGACUCAGAAUUGAAAGUGA